AUGACAGAGAAUCAACAACCUCAAAUUAUUACGAAGACUUCUCAGCCAAGUUCUGAUUUUUAUAACCCAGAAACUGGUCCAUAUUAUUCGGUAAAAGAUCAUAAAGUUUGUUUAAUUACUGGUGGUAACAGCGGCAUUGGUUGGUACACUGUCUUGCAUUUAUAUCUUCACGGAUAUAUUGUUUAUAUUGCUGGUAGAAACAAGAAUAAGAUAGCAACAGCGAUUAAGGACAUAAAAACAGAAGCCAUAAAAAGAAGAGAGAUUUUUCUUGAUGGACAAACUGACGAAGGAAAAACCAAGCUAUUAGAAACUUCCACUCUUGGCGACUUGAAAUAUAUCCAUCUCGACCUAUUGAAUUUAAGCUCGGUUGAAAAGGCCGCAUCCCAAUUCAGACAAGAUGAAGAAAAAUUGGAUCUAUUGAUCGAUAACGCAGGCAUUAUGGCAUUGCCUCACGAAAUCACGGCCGACGGUUUUGAAAUUCAGAUACAAGCAAAUUACGUUGCCCACGUAUUGUUGGAUGAAUUGCUUCUUGAUAUGCUUGAAAAAUCAGCUGAUCCAAGACUUAUAUUUUUGUCCUCAAUUGGUCACAACUUCUGCUAUAGAAGAUUUGCCCCUGAUUCCACCCUUAACAAUACUCCCAAUAUACUUUAUACCUGGGUUAGAUAUGGGAUGGCUAAAACUUUUGGGAUUCAAUACAUGAGGAUUUUGGCAAAGAAGUAUCCAAAGAUUUUGUGUACAUCAAUUCAUCCUGGCUUCGUUUUCGAUACCCACUUGUUUGAUUAUUGGGCUCAAUUACCGGUCAUUGGAAGAUUUUAUAAAAAAACUUUUGGCGUGCUUGCAAACAUAGGGGGUAUUUCUAACGAAGAUGGUUCAAAAGCCACUUUGAAGGCUGCCUUAUCACCAGACUUCACUGCAGAAAAAGAUAAUGGCAAUUUUUUAUAUCCAGGGGGGGAGAAGCAUCAACCAAGUAGAAUUGCGCUUGAUGAGAAUUAUGCCGAUCAAACUUAUAGUUGGGCAAUCUCUGAAUUGAAGAAAAGGGGCUUCAAUGUUGGUGAACUAGGACAUAUGGCUAAUUAA